UAAGGUUUUUAGCACGGUUAUGGAUCGAACGGAUGGUCUGGGAGGGUUAGAAAGGAGCGAGAAAAAAAGGAGCGCGGAGGAAGGGGAAAGGUAGAAUUGGAAGAAAAGAACCGGCGGAGGGGGAGGACCAACUGAGACGGACCUCGCUUUUUCACUCGAUUUUCGUGUUUGCCUCAGUUCAAGCCUAGAGGGGUAACGAGGAGGAACAGAAAGGAUUGUCCGGGGCAUUAUUGGGAGUAGAUGUCUCCGCAGAUGCAGUCGGUCUCUCCUCCUGGCCGCCUGCACACCUCCUCACACCGAACCGGACAUACACUGACUUUUCUAAAUUGUCGAAAAAAUCGUAGUGCCUUUCGUGAAAUAAGGCUUUUUGGAGUACGUCGCGUACAGUGCGAAGCUACUGUCAAUUUUUAAGAAAAGCGCCAGUUUGCAAAUCACUAUUUUUUGCGAAAAGUUACACGUCCGCCUGCUGCAUUGUUACGUGUAUUGUGUUGACGUAUGUGAUUCCUUAAAGUUCUGGUUGUUGUGAUGAUACUGCGACAUGACAUUAGUGACAUGUGAAGUAGUGUACCUCAGUAACACCCGGUUUUGAACUUGGCUUCGCUCCGAAAUUUCAGCGUCCUGUCCGAAAAUCCCGCUAUCCUCAGAGCGUCUGAAGAAGCGAGGCGUCUGUGUGUCAAGCAAUUGAGAGCCUGUCGAGUCGGCUAGGCAUGCGGUGAGGCCGCGCCAUGUCGACGCUCACGUCUCCCGGCUUGCUGUCGCCUCCAGCUCCCGUCUACAUUUGCCUGCAACCUGACGACACGCACCUUCCGGCCAGUCCAACAGAUCUGCGACGGGCGCGGGAUGCGAUGCAAGGCAACGCUGAAGAUCUACCCAUGCUAGUGGAACGUCGUUAUUUCCACGACUCCGAUGCGGAGAUGGCGGCGACAGCGCGCGAGCAACUGUCGCUCUCGCCGGCACAGCCGCAGCCGAAGCGCAACAAACGUAAGAACUUCCAGCCGCGCAACAUCGUGUGCGACGCGCCCGAGUCGGACUGCGACUGCGAGGCGGAGGUGCCGACGGCGUCCGCGGCCGGCUGCGGCGAAGCCGAGGUGGACGGCGACGACGACGACGACGACGACGACGACGGCGCCGGCGCGCCCAGCCAGCCGGCGGCGCAGCGGCGCGCGCUAGACCUCAGCUGCUCGCGCACCAGCCCCGAGGACGCGCCCGCCAUGAAGGAGUACGCCGAGAACACCAUGAAGGAGCUGCUCAGCAUCUACGGCCUCAGCGGCGCCGACAUGGCCGAGACCAUCACCAAGAACGUGCCCAUCGCCAACUUCUCCUCGGGCAAGAUCCUGGAGACACUGUCGCUGAAACAGCCCGCGCCGCAGCAGGCGAGCCCGCCGACGCCGCCGCGCACGCCCUUCUCGCCGCCGCCGGCCGCCUCCGCCUCCACCUCCGCGUCGUCUGCGUCCUCGUCGUCGCAGCAGCCCGGCGCCGGCUCGCACCCGCUGCUCGACACGCUGCGCCACAAGGCGGCGCUGCUGCAGCAGCCGCGCCUCUCCAACAACGCCCACCACGUGCCCCAGGUCAGUAUAGCCGAGCGUUCAAAAUAA